UGCGGCAGUGGGAAUCUCAUAUCCCUGGAACCCCACCCUCCCAAAUAAACACGGACAUUCCUCUAAAUCGGUGGAAUGGUCCGCCCCUUAACGUUGUGGCGUUGCUUGUAUCACCCAAUUGGUGUGAAAAGAGAAGGAUUCACCAACCCUUGAAUUAGCUAACACAGAUCCCUUGAAGAAAUCAACAUGAGCUGUUGAACUUUCAUGAUUUAUUGGAUAGAUGCCGUUAGAGCGCUGUUAUUGGGUUAAGGUUGUAAAUCGUCCGCUGACUUCAUAUGUUAAAGUUUUUCGACGGCUUGCGUAUUUCGGAUGAAGGUGAGAAUAGAACAUGGGGAGAGUUUGAAACGAUAGCUUAGAGGUCUGGACUUAGUUUUAUAUGAAGUAAUACACGGUACGGCUUGUCGGCAACACUGAAUUGGGAAUAUUUUCAUGGCACAAUAGAGUGGGUAAUGCAACGCUACAUUGAUCGUAGUUUGCAUCUACCUUGCAUCAUGCAUUAAUCUUAUCUUUGAUAUCCAUUGCGCAAAAGUUCAUUCUCUUGUCUUGGAACCAUAUCUUUGCGACUUGAAUUUCUUCAUUUCAUGCGAAUUCUCGAGUCGCGAAAUUGAGCUGCGCGGGUCCUAGCUUUUCAUCUCAUUGCCAACAUACCCGCCCUCGAAUUUUCCUCGUUAGUCACCAUGACCCCAGAGAUUCAGAAGGACGGAGAGGUGAUAUUUGCAAGUCGAGAAUCAGGUGGCGCUGCCUCGAACAGUCAAGAUGUUGAGAAGGAGGAUUUCGAAGAUGAGGUUCCAGGUCAGGUAGCAAAGAAAUGGCGAGGAACGAGAGCCGACCAACAGGAUAUGGCGGUGUUGGGAAAGAAGCAGGUUCUUCGUCGAAACUUUAAAUUCAUAACGAUGCUAGGAUUUGCUAGUACCGCUAUGGCGUCGUGGGAACUCUUACUUCCCCUCUUCACAUUCGUCAUGGUUGAUGGAGGGACGGCCGAUCUGUUUUGGGGGUUCAUUGUUGCUGCUUGUGGCAUGUCCUUGGUAUAUGCUAGUAUUGCUGAAAUGGCUUCUAUAUCGCCAACUGCAGGUGGACAAUACCAUUGGGUUUCAGAAUUUGCCCCUCCCAAAAUACAGAGGCUGCUCAGUUACAUCGUGGGCUGGCUUUCAGCUAUUGGAUGGCAAGUAUAUCUUGCAGGUGUCUGCUUUAUGAUCGGUGGUAUUCUUCAAGGUCUGAUUGCCCUCAACAAAGCCGACUAUGUCUACGAGCCAUUCCACGCAACUCUACUCGCCAUCGGAGUUGUAACAUUUUCCGUUGUGUUCAACACUUCCUUGGCCGAACGUUUACCGCUGAUCGAGGGUAUCGUUUUGAUUCUUCACUUAAUCGGUUUCUUCGUUAUUAUCAUUCCAUUAUGGGUAAUGGGACCUCGUGGCGAUCCAAACACUGUUCUUUUGAACUUCACCAACGGUGGCGGAUGGUCUUCUAAGGGACUGGCAGCUAUGAUCGGACUGGUUAGUCCGAUGAGUGUGUUGAUUGGUUAUGAUUGCUCUGUGCAUUUAUCCGAGGAGAUCCAAGACGCAUCCUGGGUAGUUCCAAGAGCCAUCAUGUGGUCGGUAGGACCUAACGCUACUAUGGGAUUUCUCAUGGCAGUGACUUUAAUCUUCACUCUUGGGGAUCUCGACGCAGUUCUUGAAACUGUAACUGGCCAACCUUUCAUGCAAGUAUUCUUCAAUGCAACGCAAAGCUACGCCGCCACAAACGUUAUGUGUAUGGUCGUAGUCAUCCUCCUAGUAUCUUGCUGUAUCAGUGAAGUGGCCGCCGCCUCGCGCCAGAUUUGGUCAUUCGCUCGAGACGGGGGAUUACCAGGUUCCGUUUGGUUGUCCAAAGUAUCGCCCGGUUGGAACAUUCCACUUCGCAGUGUCUGCGUUUCAAUCGCUGUCUCAUCCUUACUCUCACUCAUCAACCUUGGAUCAUCGGUUGCCCUCAAUGCAAUUAACUCUCUUGGUGGUGUUUCAAUUCUAUGUUCUUACUUCGUCACAAUCAGCUGUUUGGUCUGGCGCCGUUUUCAAGGACCCCUUCCUCCACAUCGAUGGUCUCUCGGAAAAUACGGCAUGGCUAUCAACAUUACUUCUUUAUGUUUCUUAGCACCCAUCACGUUUUUCUCGUUUUGGCCUCUUCAAACACCCGUCACCGUCCAAAAUAUGAAUUGGUCGAGUGUGAUGUUUAUAGCCACGUUAUCUGUGGCGUUGAUUUAUUAUUAUUUUAAGGCAAGGCACGUAUAUACCGCACCUGUGCUUGCGAUGAAGAGACGGGAAUAAAUGAUGUAUAUAAGACUCAUUCGGCGUUAUUCAACUAAAAAGUUUAUGUUAUGAAACUUUCAUUUGAUGCAAAUAAAAACGGACAAUUUCUCCAUUGAGACAUUUCAAACAUUCCAAGGAGUAAAUUUGUGUGUUCUCGGCUUAUCCCAGGUAUUCGGUAUUCAAAAUUGCAAAUUGCAGCGGGGAUAUACUAUCUAUUUUAGUAUCUAAUUGAAGAGC